UGGCGCGGGUGUGAAAUAGUGCGGGGAAUUGAGGUGCAUUAGUCGUGGGUUUUUCAUUCAUCGCUACACGCCCCCUGGCCCGGGCGGGCCAUCGGGAGUGUUACGAACGAAUAUGCCAAGCUAUAAUGUUUAUUUUGUUGGUAAGUAUUUGGUUGACUUGAAAUGUAUCAUUCCAGGAAUUCGCAAAACAUUUGUUGCAAAUGCUAUAUAAUGAAAAGAAAAAUCAAGGAGAUCAAGUUGAUAGUGCUGGGACCGUCAAAGUACACACGCCCAAAUCACUAAUACGAACAAACAGUGCCAUGACACCGAGUAUCGACUACAAAAAACAGUUGUCUCGUAUGGAGUCCAAUAAGAAUUCAAAUACUAUCGACUACAAAAGACAACUAUCACGUUUGGAAUCCAAUAAAAGUAGUAUAACUGCAUCAACACCCGAAAUCAUAGGUCCAUUGAGCAAUGUAUGUUAUGCCGUAUUUGCUCUGGGCUCUAGUGCGUAUCCAAAAUACUGUAACUUUGGAAAAACUAUGGAUAGAGUUCUGGAAGAGUUAUUAGGAGAGAGGCUAUUAGAAUUAACAUGCGGUGAUGAAAUGUGCGGCCAAGAACAACAGUUUCGUAGUUGGUCGUCAAACAUAUUUCAGCCAUUGAUGGAUACAGAGAGGGGUCUGCUUUUCCAAAAUCGUCACGACCACAAGAUAAUUUUCCCCGACCCGCGACACGAUCCCGGUCAGAACACAACUAAGCAGAGAGUGUAUACCAAACGAUACACACAGAUCGAAAUAUACGAUCACGUUGUUCGAAGAAAAACUUGAGAAUUUGAUUCAUGCCAAGAAUAAUUCCGGCCAGUUUAUAAUC